UGUGGCUAAAGGCAGGGAAAGGUGAAGCAACGCGGGGCGGUUUCAGAACCGGGAAGUGUCAUUCUCAGGAGCGGAAAAGACUUUUCAAGAGGAAGGGAAAACGGGCCCCGCCAGCCCGAGGAAGGAUGCUUAACGGCGGUGACGGUGCCGCCGAGGGAGCCUCCUUCCCGUCCGCAGCGACCGCCUGGGUUUCCUCUCCAGGCAGGGCCUCCCAAUCCCUGGCUCCGCCUGCACCACAUGACCGCUCCCGUUGCCUGCAAACUUUCUUCUCCUUGUCCCGGGGCGGCCGCGACCGAGGCUGGAAAAUGGCGGCUUAGCAGUGUCGCCGCCGCGUCAGUCUCCGCCUCUCUCCUCCCCGGCUUUCCCCGACGGCUGGCGGGCUCGGGCUCCUCUCAGUUAUGACGCGUUGGAUACCCACCAAGCGCGAGGAGAAAUACGGCGUGGCAUUCUAUAAUUAUGAUGCCCGGGGUCCAGAUGAGCUGUCACUACAAAUAGGAGACACCAUGCACAUACUGGAAACACAUGAAGGUUGGUACAGAGGUUAUACUUUGAGGAAAAAAUCAAAAAAAGGCAUUUUUCCUGCUUCCUAUAUACAACUUAAAGAAGCAAUAGUUGAAGGAAAAGGACAACAUGAAACUGUUAUACCAAGUGAACUACCACUUAUUCAGGAGGUUACCAGUACACUACGGGAAUGGUCCACAAUAUGGCGACAACUUUAUAUUCAAGACCACAGAGAAAUGUUCCGUAAUGUAAGACAUAUGAUAUAUGAUCUUAUUGAAUGGCGAUCACAAAUAUUGUCUGGAACACUUCCCCAAGAUGAGCUCAAAGAGCUAAAGAAGAAAGUCACAGCAAAGAUUGAUUAUGGAAACAGAAUUCUCGAUUUGGAUCUAGUGGUAAGGGAUGACGAUGGUAACAUAUUAGAUCCAGAUCAAACCAGCACAAUUAGCCUAUUCAGAGCUCAUGAAACAACUUCCAAACAAGUAGAAGAAAGACUGCUGGAAGAAAAAUCUCAGAAGCAGAAUCUUGACAUUAGUAGAGAAGCAAAAUUUGCUGCAACACCUUCAUUUGCAUUAUUUGUAAAUCUGAAAAAUGUUGUUUGCAAAAUUGGAGAAGAUGCUGAAGUCCUUAUGUCGUUGUAUGAUCCUUUGGAAUCCAAGUUUAUAAGUGAGAAUUAUCUGGUGAGAUGGUCAAGUUCUGGUCUACCAAAAGACAUAGAUAAAUUACAUAAUCUUCGAGCGGUCUUUACGGACCUUGGCAGCAGUAAAGAUCGGAAGAGAGAGAAGAUUAGUUUUGUGUGUCAGAUUGUACGAGUUGGCAGAAUGGAACAAAGAGAAAACAACACAAGGAAACUAACUUCUGGGCUACGGCGCCCUUUUGGUGUAGCAGUGAUGGAUAUAACUGACAUAAUUAAUGGGAAAGUAGAUGAUGAAGACAAGCAGCACUUCAUUCCAUUUCAACCGGUGGCAGGGGAGAAUGAUUUUCUUCAGACUGUAAUAAACAAAGUGAUUGCUGCUAAAGAAGUUAACCAUAAGGGUCAAGGUAGGAAUGUGAUUUUUCCUGGGGCCGGAGAUGAAGCUCUUUCAGAAUAUAAAUCUGUUAUAUAUUACCAAGUAAAGCAACCCCGCUGGUUUGAAACGAUAAAGGUUGCAAUCCCCAUUGAAGACGUAAACCGCAGUCACCUAAGGUUUACAUUCCGGCACAGAUCAUCACAGGAUUCCAAAGACAAAUCUGAGAAAAUAUUUGCUCUGGCAUUUGUUAAAUUAAUGCGAUAUGAUGGAACAACACUACGAGAUGGAGAACAUGAUCUUAUAGUAUACAAGGCAGAAGCAAAGAAGCUGGAAGAUUUUUCAACCUAUUUAAGCUUGCCCUCUACUAAACUGGAAUUGGAAGAAAAAGGUCACUCCACGGCUGGCAAGGGCAUGCAAAAUCUUGGAAGCUGUACCAUUAGUAAAGAUUCAUUCCAGAUAUCUACUCUUGUCUGCUCAACAAAACUAACUCAAAAUGUGGACUUACUGGGGCUUUUGAAGUGGCGAUCCAACACAAAUAUACUGCAACAGAAUUUAAGGCAACUUAUGAAAGUUGAUGGAGGUGAAGUUGUUAAAUUCCUUCAAGAUACACUGGAUGCAUUGUUUAACAUUAUGAUGGAGAAUUCAGAAAGUGAAACAUUUGACACAUUGGUGUUCGAUGCUUUGGUUUUUAUCAUUGGACUAAUUGCUGAUCGGAAGUUCCAACAUUUCAAUCCUGUUUUAGAAACCUACAUUAAGAAACAUUUCAGUGCUACUUUGGCUUAUACAAAACUGACAAAAGUUUUAAGGACUUACGUGGACAAUGCUGGCGUCACUGAUCAACUAUUCAAGGCUAUGAGAUCUUUAGAAUAUAUCUUCAAAUUCAUUGUGCGAUCAAGAAUUUUGUUCAACCAAUUGUAUGAGAAUAAAGGGGAAGCUGACUUUAGGGAAUCCUUGCUUCAACUCUUUAAGUCUAUUAAUGAAAUGAUGAACAGUGCCUCUGACCAGACUGUUACAGUAAAGGGAGCUGCUCUUAAAUACUUGCCAACAAUUGUGAAUGAUGUAAAACUUGUUUUUGAUCCCAAAGAACUUAGCAAACUAUUUACAGAUUUUAUACUGAAUGUUCCAGUGGGUCGUCUCACAAUUCAGAAAUUGUACUGUUUGAUUGAAAUAGUUCACAGUGAUCUUUUCACACAACAUGACUGUAGGGAAAUUCUGAUGCCAAUGAUGACGGAUCAACUGAAGUAUCAUUUGGAAAGGCAAGAAGACCUGGAUGCCUGUUGCCGAUUGCUCAGUAAUAUUCUUGAAGUUCUUUAUAGGAAAGAUGUGGGACCAACACAACGACAUGUGCAAAUAAUUAUGGAAAAGCUAUUGAGGACAGUAAACAGAACAGUCAUAUCAAUGGGACGUGAUUCAGAACUCAUACAAAUGGAUCAGUACAUCACUUCUGAUGAUGGCAUCUGCCAAGAAAAUGCUAUAGAAAUGGAAGAAGAAAGAAUUGCUAUAAACCAGAAAAUAAGAGUUUACAGACGGACCUUGUUUUAUGCUUGUAUUGAAAACUAUGAAAAUGCCGUGUCAACUAUUACGUGA